CUUCUUCGUCGGAACUUCUUAUUUCUUCUCUCAAAAUGGCCAAUGCAGCAUCGGGAAUGGCAGUGGAUGAUGAUUGCAAGCUGAAGUUUUUGGAACUCAAGGCAAAAAGAACCUAUCGCUUUAUUGUGUUUAAGAUCGAGGAGAAGCAAAAGCAAGUUGUAGUGGAGAAAGUCGGUGAGCCAACACAAAGUUAUGAGGACUUUGCUAAAAGCCUCCCUUCAGACGAAUGUCGAUAUGCUAUCUACGAUUUCGACUUCGUCACGGAAGAGAACUGUCAAAAGAGCAGAAUCUUCUUUAUUGCCUGGUCCCCUGAUUCUUCAAGAGUCAGAAGCAAGAUGAUAUAUGCAAGCUCCAAAGAUAGAUUCAAGAGAGAGCUGGAUGGCUUUCAGGUUGAGCUCCAAGCCACCGAUCCAACCGAAAUGGGUCUUGAUGUGAUUCGAAGCCGAGUUGGCUGACCCUUAUACUAUGAUUCGAACAUUUAACAUCCAAUUCGGAUAAAAUACUAUCCAAUUUCCUUUCACAUCUUCUUUUCAAGGGGGAGAUAUUGGAGCAGGAUGGCUUUGAGAUUGAGCUAUGCUGUUCUGCUUCUACUCCAUAGAUUGAUAUACAAGAGGAGUGAACAUUUGUAUUUGAGCAACUAUUGAUGUAAUUUUUCUGUGUUCUUUUAGACUUUAAAAAGGUAUUAUUUGAUUGGUAGAAAA